AGUUAGUAGCUCGUCCCAGUCAGUAACACUCUGGGAGGGCUCAGGCCACAUCACCAAAUGUGACAGGAUAGCCUUGAACUCAUCAAUUGCUGGGGGCACCUCAAACUCAACUCCAAAAUUGAUCUAAUGAACUUUCCCAAACCACAUUCCCUUCUUGCAUUUCUGAGAGAAUGGAUUCCCAUUCAUCUGACUACAGUGCUAUCCUGAAAGCAGAUCCAGAGACUUAGAUUUCACCUGCAGAUGAUUCAUUUGCAAGGUAAGCUGUCAUCAGUUGGAGGUAAGCGGAAGACAGUAGAGAGUACAGAGCCCUGGACUGUGACUCAGAGGAUGAGCACCAGAUCCAGUUUGCUGUGCCACAGUGCCUUCUCCAAAGUCACUCACAGAAGGCAUCCCACUCAACCUCACCUUGGGGCAAAUCAAAAUAGUCCUCCUUCUGAAGCUACCGGGUAAAGCGGUGGUAGUUGUGCAGCUGCUGCUGAUCAACAGGCUCCAGAAACAGCAGCAGGAGUCCUGAAGAUUUUCCUCACAGAAUCUUUCAUCUCUUUGUUCCUGAGACUAUAUAUUAGAGGAUUACAGAGUGGUGUUAUCACAGAAUAGAACAAGGUGAAUGUAUGAACUUCAUAUGCCCAUUGUGACAUUGACCUUAGGGAGAAAAGCUGGUCUGCGUGACUGUGGCGAAGUUCAAUGUGCUUGUUUUUUGUUAACCAUGGUCAAGUCAGCUGCAGGAAAAUAAGAAAGGUUUCUCCACCUUGCUGGAAGUGACCUGAUGUCCAGAAGUUUGAUGGCUGAGGAGUAUACCAUUGCGCUUGCGUCCUUCAUUUCCUGCAUUUCUUCCUCCAUGGAUGGACAGGGGGAGCGGCAAGAGCAACGUGGGCACUUCUGGAGACCACGACGACUCUGCUAUGAAGACACUCAGGAGCAAGAUGGGCAAGUGGUGCCGCCACUGCUUCCCCUGGUGCAGGGGGAGCGGCAAGAGCAACGUGGGCACUUCUGGAGACCACGACGACUCUGCUAUGAAGACACUCAGGAGCAAGAUGGGCAAGUGGUGCCACCACUGCUUCCCCUGGUGCAGAGGGAGCGGCAAGAGCAACGUGGGCACUUCUGGAGACCACGACGACUCUGCUAUGAAGACACUCAGGAGCAAGAUGGGCAAGUGGUGCUGCCACUGCUUCCCCUGCUGCAGGGGGAGCGGCAAGAGCAAAGUGGGCCCUUGGGGAGACUACGACGACAGCGCUUUCAUGGAGCCGAGGUACCACAUCCAUCGAGAAGAUCUGGACAAGCUCCACAGAGCUGCCUGGUGGGGUAAAGUCCCCAGAAAGGAUCUCAUCGUCAUGCUCAAGGACACUGACAUGAACAAGAAGGACAAGCAAAAGAGGACUGCUCUACAUCUGGCCUCUGCCAAUGGAAAUUCAGAAGUAGUAAAACUCCUGCUGGACAGACGAUGUCAACUUAAUAACCUUGACAACAAAAAGAGGACAGCUCUGACAAAGGCCGUACAAUGCCAGGAAGAUCAAUGUGCGUUAAUGUUGCUGGAACAUGGCACUGAUCCAAAUAUUCCAGAUGAGUAUGGAAAUACUGCUCUACACUAUGCUAUCUACAAUGAAGAUAAAUUAAUGGCCAAAGCACUGCUCUUAUAUGGUGCUGAUAUCGAAUCAAAAAACAAGCAUGGCCUCACACCACUGUUACUUGGUGUACAUGAGCAAAAAGAGCAAGUGGUGAAAUUUUUAAUCAAAAAAGCUAAUUUAAAUGCACUGGAUAGAUAUGGAAGAACUGCUCUCAUACUUGCUGUAUGUUGUGGAUCGGCAAGUAUAGUCAGCCUUCUACUUGAGCAAAACAUUGAUGUAUCUUCUCAAGAUCUAUCUGGACAGACGGCCAGAGAGUAUGCUGUUUCUAGUCGUCAUAAUGUAAUUUGCCAGUUACUUUCUGACUACAAAGAAAAACAGAUGCUAAAAGUCUCUUCUGAAAACAGCAAUCCAGAACAAGACUUAAAGCUGACAUCAGAGGAAGAGUCACAAAGGCUCAAAGGCAGUGAAAAUAGCCAGCCAGAGAAAAUGUCUCAAGAACCAGAAAUAAAUAAGGAUGGUGAUAGAGAGGUUGAAGAAGAAAUGAAAAAGCACGAAAGUAAUAAUGUGGGAAUACUAGAAAACCUGACUAAUGGUGUCGCUGCUGGCAAUGGUGAUGAUGGAUUAAUUCCUCAAAGGAAGAGCAGAACACCUGAAAAUCAGCAAUUUCCUGACACUGAAAGUGAAGAGUAUCACAGAAUUUGUGAAUUACUUUCUGACUACAAAGAAAAACAGAUGCCAAAAUACUCUUCUGAAAACAGCAACCCAGAACAAGACUUAAAGCUGACAUCAGAGGAAGAGUCACAAAGGCUUAAAGGAAGUGAAAAUAGCCAGCCAGAGAAAAUGUCUCAAGAACCAGAAAUAAAUAAGGGUGGUGAUAGAAAGGUUGAAGAAGAAAUGAAGAAGCACGGAAGUACUCAUAUGGGAUUCCCAGAAAACCUGACUAACGGUGCCACUGCUGGCAAUGGUGAUGAUGGAGUAAUUCCACCAAGGAAAAGCAGAACACCUGAAAGCCAGCAAUUUCCUGACACUGAGAGUGAACAGUAUCACAGUGAUGAACAGAAUGAUACUCAGAAGCAACUUUCUGAAGAACAGAACACUGGAAUAUUACCAGAUGAGAUUCUGAUUCAUGAAGAAAAGCAGAUAGAAGUGGCGAAAAUGAAUUCUGAGCUUUCUCUUAGUUAUAAGAAAGAAAAAGACCUCUUGCAUGAAAACAGUACGUUGCAGGAAGAAAUUGUCAUGCUAAGACUGGAACUAGACAUAAUGAAACAUCAGAGCCAGCUAAGAGAAAAGAAAUAUUUGGAGGAAAUUGAAAGUGUGGAAAAAAAGAAUGAUAAUCUUUUAAAGGGUCUACAAUUGAAUGAGCUCACCAUGGAUGAUGAUACCGCCGUGCUCGUCAUUGACAACGGCUCUGGCAUGUGCAAGGCCGGCUUUGCAGGUGAUGAUGCCCCCCGGGCUGUCUUCCCUUCCAUCGUGGGGUGCCCCAGGCACCAGAGCAUGAUGGGGGGCAUGCGUCAGAUGGAGUCCUAUGUGGGCAAUGAGGCCCAGAGCAAGAGAGGCAUCCUGACCCUGAAGUACCCCAUGGAGCACGGCAUCAUCACCAACUGGGACGACAUGGAGAAGAUCUGGCACCACACCUUCUACAACGAGCUGCGUGUGGCUCCCGAGGAGCACCCCAUCCUGCUGACCGAGGCACCCCUGAACCCCAAGGCCAACCACGAGAAGAUGACCCAGAUCAUGUUUGAGACCUUCAACACCCCAGCCAUCUACGUGGCCAUCCAAGCCGUGCUGUCCUUGUACACUUCUGGCCGUACUACUGGCAUUGUGAUGGACUCUGGUGACGGGGUCACCCACACUGUGCCCAUCUAUGAGGGGAAUGCCCUCCCCCAUGCCACCCUGCACCUGGACCUGGCUGUCCGGGACCUGACUGACUACCUCAUGAAGAUCCUCACCGAGCGUGGCUAUAGGUUCACCACCAUGGCCGAGCGGGAAAUCGUGUGUGACAUCAAAGAGAAGCUGUGCUAUGUUGCCCUGGACUUCGAGCAGGAGAUGGCCACAGCGGCCUCCAGCUCCUCCCUAGAGAAGAGCUACAAGCUGCCCGACGGCCAGGUCAUCACCAUUAGCAACGAGCGGUUCUGCUGCCCCGAGGUGCUCUUCCAGCCUUGCUUCCUGGGCAUGGAAUCCUGUGGCAUCCACGAAACUACCUUCAACUCUAUCAUGAAGUCUGAUGUGGACAUCCACAAAGACCUGUACACCAACACAGUGCUGUCUGGUGGCACCACCAUGUACCCUGGCAUUGCCCACAGGAUGCAGAAGGAGAUCGCUGCCCUGGCGCCUAGCACGAUGAAGAUCAAGAUUGUUGCUCCUCCCAAGCGCAAGUACUCCGUGUGGGUCGGUGGCUCCGUCCUGGCCUCGCUGUCCACCUUCCAGCAGAUGUGGAUCAGCAAGCAGGAGUAUGAUGAGUCAGGCCCCUCCAUUGUCCACCGCAAAUGCUUCUAGGUGGACGCUGACUUAGUUGCAUUACACCCUUUCUUGACAAAACCAAACCGCAGAAAACAACAUGAGAUUGGCAUGGCUUUGUUUUCUUAUUUCAUUUUUUUGUUUUGUUUUUUAUUGGCUUGACUCAGGAUUUAAAAACUGGAAUGGUGAAGGCGAGAGCAGUUGGUUGGGGUGAGCUUCCCCAAAAGUUCUACAAUGUGGCUGAGGACUUUGAUCGUACAUUGUUUUUCUUUUCAAUAGUCAUUCCAAAUAUUGUGAAAUGCAUUGUUUCAGGAAGCCCCUUGCCCUGCUAAAAGCCACCCCACUUCUCUCUAAGGAGAAUGGCCCAGUCCUCUCCCUAAUUCACACAGGGGAGGUGAUGGCAUUGCUUUCAUGCAAAUUACGUAAUGCAAAAUUUUUUGAAUCUUUGCCUAAAUACUUUUUAAUUUUGUUUUAUUUAGAAUGAUCAGCCUUUGCAGCCCCCCUUUUUUGUACCCCAACUUGGGGUGUAUGAAGGCUUUUGGUCUCCCUGAGAGUGGCUGGAGGCAGCCAGGGCUUACCUGUACUCUGACUUAAGGAGAGUUGGAAAAAAGUGCACACCUUAAAAAAAAUUCAAUGAGGAAACAUUAACAAAAACAGUAUUUCUGUACAGUGGACAGCUUAGCAUGUUGACAACUGAGAAUAAAAUGCUCAGUUCUGAACUGGACAAUGUAAGACACAAUGACGAAACACUGGAAAUGGAAAUUCAAUUACAUCAUUGUAGACUGGCUACUGCUCUACAUGAUUGUGACCAAAGUCAGAGAUCUGAAAGAGACUUCUUUCCAGAGAACAAGACAUGAACAGGUUUAUUUACAGAAGACAAUGAAUUCUCAUUUGUCUAACCUAAAAGAUUACAGAUUCUUUCUCAACAAGUCUAAUGGAGACAGUAAAAUCAACAGGCUAAAAAUUAAGUUCCAUGAAACAAGAUAAAACUCUGAGAGAAAAGAUGGGGCAGGCCGCCAUCUUUCCCGUUCGGGCAACUUAGUCAUUCCAGCCUGAGGGUUUUGGAGAGUACAAACCGACCAGGGAAAGAAGAGAUCCCACAGCACAGCAUAGCUGCUUUACCAAAUCAUGGCCAGACUGCUUCUGUAAGCAGGCCCCUGAUCCUGUUCCACCUCACUGGACAGGACCUCCCAACUGGGGCCUCCAGCUACCCCCACCAGCAUCCCUUGGCCAAUGGAAAUUUGAAAUGUUCCUGGGACAGAGCUCCUGGAGAGAGGGGCAGGCCACCACCUUUGCUGUUUGGGUGACUAGCCGUUCUGGCCUGCAGGCUUUGGAGAGCCCAAGCUGACAAGGGGUAGAAGAGGUGCCUCAGCACAGCACAGCCACGCUACAAAAACAUGGCCAGACUCUUGUUUAAGUCAGUCCCCGACCACAUUUCUAGUCAGUGGGUGAAGUCUUUCAACCAAGGUCUCUGGCUACCUUGACUGCUGUUUUCUGGCCGACAGAGGUCUCAGGCCUCCCUGAGUCAGAGCUCCCAGGGGGAGGACCAGAUUGUCAUCUUUGCUGUUUGGGUGACCCAGCCAUUUCAGCCUUAGGGCUUCAGAGUGUCUGAGGUAGCCAGGGGCUGAAGUGAACCCCCAGCACAGCACAGCUGCUCUAUAAAAACGUGGCCAGACUUUUUCUUUAAGCAAGUCCCUGUUCUUAUUCCUCCUGACUAGGUAAGACUUCUCAACUUGCCUCCAGCCACAUCUUAUUGGUGUGUUCAGAUUGGCAACAGGUUCGUACCUCAGUGGUACAGAGCUCCCAGAGGAAGGGGUAGGCUAUCAUCUUCCCUGGAAAAUACGAGUCAAUUAGGGACUUGAGGGGACCCCCAGCAUACCACAGCAGCCCUUCAGAAAAGUGGCCGGACUCUGUACUUGAUGGGCAGAUCCUCCUGGCCUGUGUCUCUAGCCAGCCCACCACUGGAGCUAUCAAGCCAGUAGCAACUCAGCAGUUCCUUGGACAGAGCUUCCAGGAGCAAAUGAAAUCCUUUCUGCCACUGCCUUUGCAGUGAACUGCCCUUGCUAUCCUCAGAAGAUAUAUCAAGGGAGCAAAGACCCUAAGUGCCAUAUCAACACCUCCAAUAAGCUGCAGUUGACCCGAAGAACAAGCCAAUCCAUCUCCCACAGGUGGAUUUUGCUUUACUUGCACUGACAGCACACAGGAGUCCAACCCACAUCAACUGCCAUUAAAGAAAAGAAAUUUCAGCCCGUAAUUUCAUGUCCAGCAAAAUUAGGCAUCAUAAGUGAAGGAGAAAUAAGAUCCUUUCCAGACAAGCAAAUGCUGAGGGAAUUCAAUAUCACCAGAUCUACCUUACAAAAGCUCCUGAAGGAAGCACUAAAUAUGGAAAGAAUAAACCAUCACCAGCCUCUACAAAAACGCAGUGAAGUACGCAGUCCAGUGAUGCUAAAAACCAACCACAUACGUUAAGUCUGCAAAAUAACCAGCUGACAGCAUGACGACAGGAUAAAAUCCACACAUACCAUUACUAACCUUAAAUGUAAAUGGGCUAAAUGCUCCCAUUGAAAGACACGGGGCAAGCUGGAUAAAGAACCAAGACCCACUGGAGUAUGCUGUCUUCAAGAAACCCAUCUCACAUGCAGUGGCAUACAUAGGCUCAAAAUAAAGGAAUGGAGAAAAAUAUUUCAAGCAAAUGGAAAAACAGAAAAAAGCAGGUGUUGCACUCCUACUUUCUGACAAAACAGACUAUACGAAUAAAGAUAAAAAAAGAGAAGGACAUUACAAAGGUGGUCCUGACCUUUGAUAAAUCUCAUUGCUUGAUACCAA